AUGUCUGGAGUUUUCAGCAUGAAUCACUUUUUAAAAUACCCCAACUUUACUUUGGAUCUCGCUUGGUCCAAUCCGUUUGCCUGGAGUGGUGCACGACAGUAUGGCUAUCAUAUGCUAUGGAUUCGGCGUCUACUUUUCACUUUUGGUGCUGCAAAUUUGGUUUAUCAAAACUUUGGUAUGAUGAUCUAUCUCUGCAUGCCACACGAAGUUAGUAAUGAGUCCACCAUUGGGCAGAUAACGGAAACUGGUGGCAUAAUGGGUUUGACAAUGGUUGGUGCUUCGAAUAUGUUUGUCAUGUAUUGGCAUGCUGACCGUAUCGCUUUGCUAUUGGAGAAGUUUCAGCGUUUAUUUCCAACAAAGCAACUGCAGUGGCGAGCAAAGCAUGCAAACGGACGUCUAAGAGGUGUAAAAUUUCCACAUAGCGUCGAGUACUUUGCGUUGAAAUCCAAUAAACUCAUGAAAAUCGCCACCACCGCUUAUCUCUUCGCAUUCUCGUACUACAAUUCUUUACCAAUAGUAGAGUAUCUGUAUGAGUCGCUUACGCCCGGUGUAGAGUUGAAGUAUCACUAUCAGUCCAAUACAUGGUAUCCUUGGCAAAAUGCGCACAACCGAAAAUCCUUUAUUGCCUUCCUGGCCGCUUACAUAUGCCAGGUGCAGUCUUCGUUGACGGGUGUCGCCUUUAUCAUGGCUGCUGAAUUUAUGCUUUGCUUUUUCAUUACACAAUUGCAAAUGCAUUUCGAUUAUUUAGCCAAUGCAUUGGAGACAAUUGACGCUGCGGGCGAAAAUGCCAAUGAGGAGUUGAAAUUUUUAAUUCAUCACCAUGGUCGGCUACUGAGCUAUUCCAAGGAGAUUAACGCCAUAUUCAAUAUUUCAUUUCUUGUGAAUAUUUUCACUUCGUCCAUAGCAAUCUGUUUGAUGGGCUUCUCGAUGGUGAUGAUUAGCGUAAUUCAUGCAUGCAAAUAUUGCAUCGGUUUACUUUCGUUUAUAGUUUUCACAUUUUUCAUUUGCUACACAGGCAAGGAGUUAACCGACGCGAGCGAUAAACUUCUGUAUGCCGCUUUCUAUGGCAAUUGGUACGAGGGUGACUUGGCUUAUCGGAAAAUGAUAUUAUUCCUCAUUAUGCGCUGUCGCAUACCAACAGUAUUAAGAGCAUAUAAAUUCACCACAGUUUCAAUGCCCACAUUCACAGCGAUUUUGCGAUCAUCAUACAGUUUGUUUACAUUUUUCCAAGCCAUGGGAAAAUAAGAAGUGGUGACCUUGAAUUUGCGCUGUCUUGAUUAAAAUUAAGAUAAAUGAAUUCCAAAUAUUUCAAAUUAAUGAAGA